AUGGGUUCUGGCCCGAAUUGUCCUGAUCUCCCAACCCAUCAGCAACUACUCUCCCUGAUGAGUCGAAUAUCUAUCCAAGUUCCAUUACCUCCUCUAUACCAAAUACGACUAAUUUCACUCGAAAGGAGACGUUUAGAUUCUUUGAAUUUCAAUGCAAGGACGCGUGGAUUAACAGUUCGUGCAAUAGGAUACAAUAAAUAUUAUCCACCAGACUACGAUGGUAAAUCAUCACUCAACAAACUUGCCGGCAAACACAGCCUAGGCGACCGCGCCCGCAAAAUCAAGCAAGGAAUCCUGAUCGUCCGCUUCGAGCUUCCAUUCGACAUUGUCUGUCUCCGAUGCGAAAACUAUCUGGCACAGGGCACGAGGUUCAACGCCGAGAAGAAAAAAGUGGGCGCGUAUUAUACGACGCCGAUAUUCUCGUUCCGGUUUAAGUGCCAGAAGUGCAGGCCUACGAGCGUUCAUGGGCAGGCGCAUUAUGUUGAGAUUGAGACCGAUCCGGCUAAUACGGAGUACAAAGUUGUUGAAGGUGCGCGAAGGAGUAAUAAUGACGGUAGUGGAUAUGAUCAAGCAGCAAAUGACGGCAGUGAAAAUGAUGCAAAGACAGAAAUCGAAGAAACAGACGACGUAUUUGCAAAAGUCGAAAAACAAGCAGCCGAAACUCUACAGCGAAGAAGAGCAAGCAAGCGAAUACAAGAAUUAUACGAAGACAGCACACGACGAUGGGGGGAUCCAUAUACAAAGAACCAAGAACUGCGGCGGAUAUUCAGAGGAAAGAAAAAGGAGACAGAGAAGCAGAAUAAGGCGAGCGACUCGUUGGCUUGGAGAGUGGCAAAGGUUUCCCAGCACCGCAAACAGAUUACUAGUGGGAGCACGACGGCGUCGUCAGGCGAGAAGAAGAGCGCUAAGCAGCUGUUAAUGGAGGCCGUCACUAAGAACAAAAAGAAAUAA